AUGUCUCAAAAGAGUCAGAAGCGCACGAACCGGGGCGAGAAUGAUGGGCCGCCACCGAUCAAGAAACGCAAAGGGCGACCUCCGGUCUGGUCGUCCUGCAUGGAGGACGAAAAGGAUUCACCCGCAUCGAACGGUGGUCCCGCAAGCUCGAGUGUUGGCUCGAGCGGUUUAGGAGGUGGAGGAGGCCCGACUACACCGACGAAAAAUUGGCAACCUCGUUCCGUAAUCGACUGCAAAAUGUCCAGUAUUUACAACCGCACCGCGCCCGAGGCACCAGCAGAACUGUUUAGGAAGGACCUUAUCAGUGCCAUGAAGCUGCCCGACUCGGAACCACUAGCGGCGGACGAGUACUGGGUUAUAGCCGACCAAUGGAAGCAGGAAUGGGAACGAGGUGUGCAGGUGCCCGUGAAUCCCGAUUCGCUGCCGGAACCGUCCGUUGCGACGCUUCAAGAAAGUUAUUUCAAGAAGCGGCAUGAUUUCAAGCUACCGAAAAACAAAUACAUUCGGAUAACAAAGGACGAAAAUUUUACCCAUGACCAGCACUAUCUCUCCAAUACGCCCGCAAUUGCGGAAAACGUGUGCUACUACGAUCUGGACCAGUUCGAUGCGGCCUGGCUGAAGGUGUUGAAUGGGGAACGCAACUUGGCCGGGUUGGUGCCGGUGACCGACGAGCAGUUCGAGCGCGUUGUAGAAGAACUUGAGGGACGCUGUUUGGAUAAGAUCCAGGCAAUCAUGAAAACUGAGGAAGGGCUCGGAAUUGAGUACGACGAAAAUGUCAUUUGCGACGUAUGCCGCUCGCCAGACUCAGAGGAAGCGAAUGAAAUGGUGUUCUGUGAUAACUGCAAUAUUUGCGUACACCAAGCGUGUUAUGGAAUAACGAAUAUACCAUCUGGUCAAUGGUUAUGUAGGACAUGCUCGAUGGGUCAGAAGCCGAAGUGCGUACUGUGUCCAAACAUGGGCGGUGCGAUGAAAUCAACCCGUUCCGGGCAUAAGUGGGCACAUGUAUCGUGCGCCCUCUGGAUACCAGAAGUGAGCAUCGGGUCGGUCGAUCGAAUGGAACCGAUCACAAAGAUCUCCAACAUCCCCUCCAGCCGCUGGGCGCUCGUUUGUGCCCUGUGCCGAGAGCGUGUCGGCGCCUGCAUUCAGUGUUCGGUAAAGACGUGUAAAACCGCAUAUCACGUGACAUGCGCGUUUCAGCACGGUCUUGAAAUGCGCGCCAUAAUCGAGGAUGAGAAUGCGGAGGAUGGCGUGAAGCUGCGAUCGUAUUGUCAGAAGCACGGAGAGAACAAGGGCAAACGUGAUAAUAGCAGGAACAACACUAAGAACAAUACCGGCGGUGCGGGAGCAGCGGCAUCGGGCGGGAGUGAUGACGAGGCGGGCAACACAGGGCCAGGAACAAACACAGCGACCAGCACCUCCGGAGGGGAUAUAAAGCGGCGGAAGCGGAAAGAUAUGACGUCGGAGGAAAGGAAUCUGGCGCGCGCGGCUAGACAGCAGGAGAUCGAAGCCGAGUUCGAUAAGCACGUGAGCGUGAAGGAUAUCAGCUGUCAUCUGCUGGAUGUGGAUCAGGAAGGUAUCUACCAUAUCUACAACUAUUGGAUACUGAAGCGAAAGGCGGGCCAUAAUAGACCGUUGCUGCCGCCGAAAACGGACGAAGUGGAUCCGAACGCACAAAACCAAGAGCAGGCGGAAAUCGAGAAGAUGAAGACAUUCGUUCACUUGCGGCAAGAUUUGGAGCGGGUGCGUAAUCUCUGUUACAUGGUUAGCAGGCGUGAAAAGCUGAGCCGCUCGUUCUUUCGGAUGCGCGAACAAACGUUCAACAAGCAAGUGGCCGUUCUCACGGCGUAUCGGAACGGUGAUUUUGAUGAAGUCACGAACCAUCAGCGAAGUAAUAGCGGUGUGUCCUUCAUAUCCCAGGUCGAUCCCGCGAUACUCAACGCGAUCUUUCAUGCGAACCAUGGCCCUACGAUAUAUGAUAGACUUUACUCGUGUAAUUCCGUUAGUAGUACAAUGCCGACUCUGGACGAAAUGGUGGAGUGCAUCAAUUCUGGUGUAAAUAGUAGCAAUAGCGGUAUUAGCAGCGGCAGCAAAGAUGCUGCCAGUGCCAGUGGGAAGAAACCGGCGGUGGCGUCGGUCGCAGGUGCUAGUGCAACCGUUGGUCAUAACGGCAGUGCGGGUAGCGGCAGUAGUAGCAGUAGUAGUAGUGGCAGCUAUAGCAGUAGUAGCAGCAGCAGCAGUAGCGGUAGCUCUAGCAGCAGCAGCAGUAGCAGCAGUAGCAGCAGUAGUAGUGCUGCAGCAGCCAACAAGCAAACAUCAAAGGUGGUGAGCAAAAAGGAUCAACUGAGCCAUGACAUGCCAGCCAAAAAGCUGUCCGGCGAUGUUAACGGCGUGCGACAGCAGCAGCCAGCAGGAGUUGGUGGCAAUCAUCGAACCAAAAACCAACUCACGGCCAAGCGGCAACAGCCCCCGUACAUCAACGGAACGACUGGGCGUCGUAGCACGAGCAAUAGUUCGGCUUCUGAUAUGGAGAACGAUGAUGACGACACUUUGGCAGUGGACAAAACGAACACCAAGAAGAAACCCCGUCAAACGAAAGUCGUAGAACGGAAGCGACGGAAAGCAGCAUCCACUGUCAUUGGCACCGCAGGAGCGAUUACUUCGUCAGCGGAAAAAUCGAGCAUCAGAAGUAUAGACGACAGUUCUAGCGACGAAGAGGCGCCCGAGUCACGGUUACGACCAGCUGCUGCCACUGAACGAAGUGCUUCAUCUAAAGCUGCUAGAGGUGGUGCUGUUGAAAAAUUGUCGGCCGCUGUUAGUGGUCGAACAACAGUUGGUGGAGCUAAGAAGGACUUCCGCAAUCAAUCGCUUCGACAAAUGGAGCGCGAACUGGCCGACGAUCGACGUGCGAUGCAUUCAACCGAUGAUGACGAUUCGAAUGAUAGCGACGAGCUAAUGCACAUACGACCCGGAAGUGGUAGCACCGUUGGCCGAGCUGGUACUACUACAAGUGCGAGCAAUACGAUUGGUGGAAACGGGACGAACGCUCGGGGAAAGAAAAUUCCUGACAUCUAUUCGGAUAGCGAUAGCACGGACAGGGAUAAGACGGAUCACACAGCUAGUGAUUCACAACAGCAUCCAUUCCGUACGAAGGCGGCUAUGAAGGAAUUUAAUCUGCAGCAGGAAGCGGACAGAUUGAAACAGAAAUCGCCUACGAAAACGGGUCGUUCGAGCAGUGCUGCUACCGCAAGUUCCUCCGCGACAUUGCCAGGUGUUACAACUAUGGCAUUGCCUGUGGCCACACCAACAUCUGCACUUCCUGGCGCAAAGGUGUCAUCAACGAAGUUGGCAACAUCUGCACAAAAUGCUGGGUCCAUUCAUCCGGACGUACAUCAAACUUCGAGUUCCAAGCGAACUGGUACGAGUUCAGCUGAUCAGUCGCUGCUGGCCCCAUCUAGCAAGGCAGCAGCAGGAUCCAAUAGAGCUGGUAGCAGUAGCGCCAGAGAAGGUCAUACCGCUAGCACGAAGAAAAAGCAAGCUCAACAGAUAGCGGAUAAACAUUCAGACGUUAGUAGUGUAAACUCUGCCUGCAUGACGACCAAUUCGAGUAAGUCGGUUACGUCGACUAACAACAGUACCGGCACGUUGGGGACGUCUUCGAAAAAGAUGGAAUUUUUGGCCGAUUUCAUGGUUGUGCCGCAACGCGAAGCAGCUAAGAAGGCGGCAGAGAACAUGAUGAAAACUAGCAGCGGCAUUGUAGGUGCUGCGGUACUCAGUUCUGGGUCUGCCGGCUCGUCCACGUCGACUUCCAUAGCUAGUGUUGGUAACUCGAACACCCCCACCACGACAUCUGCAAGUGGGGCCCUCAUAAGCGCCGGUGUUGCGAGUAGAAAGCAGCAACCACAGCUGGAUCGUGAGGCUGGUAACAGUAACAGUAGCAGUAGUAGUACCAGCAACAGCAGUAGUGAAGGUAACAGUAUUGGGAGUGUUUCGGCAGGUAGCACGAGUAGUGGCAUCAGUACGGGCAGCAGUAGCAGCACCAAGCUUGAUACUGAAGCCGACCUAGCGCUACCGGAAUCUGGAACGAACAGCAGUAACGGAAACAAUCAGCAAAAAUCUUCCAUCGCAAGCAAUACUAGUAGUAGCGUUGUUGUUGGUAGCAAUCGUAAUCGAAAGGAGACGGAAUCGAAAGUUCCUGCUACAAGUGCUAGUGGGAAAACGACAAAGCGUGCCACUACGUCUAAUGUUACGAACAGUAAAGGCAACAAGCAGAAAGAUUCGGUCGAGAGUGUAUCAUCGAAGGUGGAUGCAAAAUUGUCGUCCACUGCAGCACGUACUAAAUCCAAAGAACGGCCUACGGUGGCCGAUAAACCGCCAAGCGGAACUACGGGCUCAGCAGUUCGGUCGACGUCAAACAAAGAUACGCAACGGGCGAAAGAACGCCUUAUCGAUGAUUCGUCUCCUGUAACCGUAACUUCGGACAAAACGGUAAUGGAAAAGACGAAGCUGUCGAAAGACCAGAAACAGAAGCGAGAUACACAACCCGAGUUCUUUGCAUAUGUACCGCAGCGCCAAGCUGCUAAAAAGGCGGCAGAACACAUCAAAAGCGGUCUUGGGAAGCCGUCUGGUGCAGAUCAAACAGCUGCUGUUGUCACCGAUGAGAAGGUAUCCAUGGUUGCGACUCCAGUGCCACCGUCUAAACCAAGCGCUGGUUCUAAAAUGGCGAAUAAACCGAGAGACGACCGCAAGUCGAAUGCCACCGCUGGUUCUAGCUCUUCCAAUAGUUCUAGCUCAUCCGGUGGCAGCAGUUCAUCGUCCUGCUCUAGUUCAAGCAGUUCUGGGUCGGAAAGCGAAGAAGAAGAGGAAGAGGAUGAGGUUGAGGCAACAAAUCAGAUGGGCAAAAAGUCGGUGACAGUUAGCGGAGGCAAUCGUACCAAGGCUGGUAACAAUUCCGCAGCGCCCACAGCGAAAGCAAAGCAACAGCCAGCACAACGCACGGCCCGGCAGGAAGUGUUGCCCUUUCUUGACAAGGGUCCAGCACGAUCCGUGUCCGAGUCAUCGAGUUCGUCCUCUUCGUCGUCCUCGUCGGGUUCCUCGUCUGACAGUGACAGUGAUUCGAGCAGCAGCAACCAGAGUAGUCAGGAUGAAGCGAACGAAACACCGGUCGUUCCUACGCCGGCAGCGAGUGCCAUGGCUGCAACGGGUCGCAAUCGAAGGAAGUCUGUGUCAGCCGCUUCAGUUAAGCAGCAGGAUUCGGUUAGCCCCAAGAAGCCACCAGUUCCGCAAGGCCCUAGCAACAACCGAAAGGGCGCGGCAGUUGGUGGGAGAAAACCAUCGAUUACCGCAACCAGCAACUCCGAUGAUGUCGAUGUUGAAGGUACGAAGGAUUCACAUUCCACUUCCAGCACCAAAUCAGCAUCAGCAAAUAGCGGAAAAGGCAAAGAAACUACGGUCCGUAAAGAUAAGCAGCAGUUACCCGUUAAAAGCAAUGAUGAUGAGUCUUCCGUUUCUGCUGGUAAUGAUACUGGUGGCGUUGGGACUGAGAAGUCGAUCGGUAAUCGUCGCAAUUCCUACCAACCGCCAACACAUGUGGCCAACGAAACUCCCCUCAAGCGUGGUGGACGGCGGCAAUCGGUGUUUGUUGGUGCUGGUGACUUAGAAGAGAAGCAAAGAAAGUCAUCCCUUGUGGCACCUGAUGUGCCAAGCAAUCGUAACACUGGUCGCCGAAAGACUAGUGAGGCAAUAGAGAUUGACAAAGACAAGGAAAUUUCGCGUACCGACCUGAAGAAACCAGUUUCCACGGAAGCCAGUGAUGGUGCUACAGAAAAUGAGACACCAUUAGAAGAUGCGGUAACUCUUAAGCGUCCUAUUGUUGAGGAACAACAGUCGCCGGUAGCUCGCAAGCGUCGCAGUCCUAAAACGACGACUGAAACAGAUGUUUCCACCAGUCCUUCCAUUAGUGGUUCAGAUGCAAAGGAAGUGAUUAAACUGAACGAAACAGAGAUCAAAUCAGCACAAAUGGCAGUUGAUGACAAAGCUAUUGGAGCUUCUGGGGCUGUUGCAAUAUCGCUACUUACCGAUGCAGAUUCUGCGGACCACCGGAAGGCAAAGGAAAAACUACACGCAGCUACUACAAAAGAUGGCAGUAAAACUUCGUCUUCUGUGGAUAGUGCGGUGGCUAAAGGAGAGGAUGCUGUUAAGGUUGGUCAGACGAAGAACGUGGAAAUUAUUUCCUUGGUGGACGAUUCGCGUUCCAACGAUGAUGUAGUCGUUAUCGAGGACGGUAGUAACGAAGCGAAGGCUGAACAAAAACCACCGGAAAAAGCUAGUACGGCGGAACACAAGUCGGAAACGGCGGCGAAGGACGUCUCCACACAGAAUCUGCUUCAUGCAAAACCAUUAAUCGAUGGUGUUGGGGAUUCUUUGUCAACGGCAGAUGUGAAUAAGGAUGAUCUGAGCAAGAAAACCGUUCCUGUCGAUCAGCCAUCAUCACUUCCAUCAUCUACCAUUGUACCUUCGUUUGAUGGCACUGCUUCAUUGCAGAUAAACAAUAACAGCAGUACAACAUUUGUCGGAGAAACCCCAUCUAACGUAUGCGAUGGAACUGGAUUUGGUACAUCCAAUCAAGCAACCGGCAAUAAUACCGCUCCGAAGGACGAUGGCACCGGUACGGCUGGGCUAAUGGGUACUAGUGAUGGUGGUACGCCUUCGAUAUUCGAUCUGUUGUUGCCGCAGGAUAGCUCUGUGACGGAUGACACUUUUGAGUUGAACCAAUCGCUUAAUUUCCCGUUCAUGGAGGAUUGUAAGGAAGAUACGCAGCGUGAAACGCUUAAUCUGGUUGAGAAGCUACGACAAAAGUACAAAAAGUCGCAAGGAACGGCAAACAGUAAUGCAUCCAACGUUGCUCCUAUCAUGUCCGGCAGUGAACCGAUAAAGAACGUGAAUGACGUCGGUGUUGUUGGGGACAAGAAGGAAAACGAUAUGUUGAUGCUGGAUGGUGUGGUUACGGCGGCUCAAGUAACACCAGCAACAACGCAAUCUCCAUUACUGGUGGCAGACUUUGUUGCGGAGCGAUCGAAGCAGGACGGCCCGGGACUUCCAUUGGGAUCAACCCUCGCAGAUACGCUUCUUAGCGGCAAGGACAAGAUGCAACCCGAGCUAGAGUAUGGUACAUUCAACAAAUUCCACAGCGCAUCGGCGACUGGUGCGGUACGAAGUCCGUUGGAUCAAUUAUCAGCAUCAAUGCCGAGUAGCACCAUGCAACCAGCCGUUCAACAACCAACGCAACAACAACCACAAACCAAUCAACUGCAAGCUAUCGGGCAGCAAUCACAAUCCCAGAUCGGCAAUAAGAGCGCAAAGGAGGAUCAUUUAGAUCAUCUUGCGUCGAGACCAUCAGAUGAGCGCUGGGUACCUCCAUCAUCAGUAACGCCUGCAUCGACGGCUCCAUCUAUGCUGCACCAUACGCCACUGCCUACGUCGGUUGGAUCAAUGGCAGCUGCAGCUACUUCUAGCGUGCUCGGUGGCAACACCGUUUCAACGGCACAGCUCGCCCAGAAUUGCAUGGAAGCGGCUCGUAUGUUGAAUAGCCACCAGACGAACAACAAUAACAACGUCAGUGCACUGGACAGCGAGAAGACGCUCGGAACGGCGGGACCGGUAACCGGUGGCGGAUUGUUCGAUGGCGGUGCUAUGACGAAUCAUCUGCAUCCGACGAUGCAGCAGCAGCUUGGUGGUAGUAACGAUCUAAACCACCAUCACCAUCAUCAACAGCAGCAGCAGCACCAUCAUAUGCACAAUCCACUCACUGGACUGGACUUUAUGCAGGGCAUGAAGGUUCCUAACCAGAAUGAAGCUACCUCAUUGAUGCUGUUUGAUAACAUGCAGCAGCAGCGACAGCAUCCAUCUCCGCAGCAACCAGUUGGCAGACGUGCCUGGAACCAACCUAAUGACGGACUGAGCUCAUUGGAUCAGCAACAAAAGAAACAACACGAGUGUGCCGUGAUGCAGGAGAAGGAAAAUCUGCUAUUACAAAAGCAACAGCAACAACAGCAGUUGGCCAACAACAGUCACCGUAAGCUGAACGAUCUGAACAGUUUUAUGGAUAUACAGAACACUCCGUCGAUGGUUAAUCAACAGCAACCGAGUGGUGGUCAAUCCAUCAACAACAGCAAUACAGGAACAUCCAACAGCGUUAAUGCCAUGCAGCAACAACAGCAACAACCUUAUGGUUUUUCCUCCACUGAUGCUCAUCCCGCGCAUCAUCAGCAGCAGCAACAGCAACAGCAGCAGCACUAUCCAGGAGCAGUUUCGUUGUUCCCACCAGCAAGUGUUCCAGUGCCGUUUCCUUCUCCUGGGGCCGGCCUAUAUCCACCAAACUUUGGCAACGCCGGCUAUCAGCAACCGACACCGCCCCAGACGACCGUACCAAAUGCUGGAAAGCCGCAUCAGCAUCAACACCAUGGUCCGGGCGCAGGCCUUGGAACCGGUGUUCCCCCAAUGACACAUCACGGCAUGGGAUUGGGUGAUGCAAUGGUAUCACCGCACCGCAGUCAGGCUACGGGGGCACAGCAGCAGCAACAGCAACAAAAGCAAAUGGAUCAAAUGUCGUCGCCGUUGUCUGGCAUGGCCGCUUCGCCCAAUAAGCAACAGCAGCAGAGUCGCCAACCAACACCGACAGAGCAACAGAAUAGUUACAUGCUCAACAGCGGAGGAAAUGGUGGUACGAGUAGUGGUGGAAGCACACCAAGAACUCCGCAGCAUCGACGCACGCCGCAGCGACACAACCAUCAAAUGCAAGGACACCAGCCCGAUGUCGUUGGGAUGGACAUGUUGGUUGGUGUGGGACAUUCCACAUCUAAGAAGAGCCCUACGAAAUCGUCUCGUUCGUCAUCGCGCAUCCAAAACCAACAGCAGCAACAGCAACCUCCGCCGCCUCCCCAUCUUCAACAACAUCAUCCGGCGCAUCAUCAUCACCAUCCGUUGCUAAUGAAUGAUAGUAACGGAGCGAACGCGCUAGCCGGCAUGGUUCACCCAUUGGGGCAUCAGCUAAAGUCUCCACCGUCACUAAUGGCAGGCACGAAAUCAUUAAGUCCUGGCAAAAGUCCUAAAACGGCAGCGGCUGCCGUGUCUGCCGCGGUGUAUGAGAUGCAGAAAGCCAUCGGCGGUGGUAGUUUGGUUCCACCACUCUCGUCCAGUGCAAGUGGAAAAGGUCCUAAGGGAGGUGAGACCACUACGGGGAAACCUGGUCGCGGUCGUGGUCGCGGUCGUGGUAGACCACCAGGAUCGGGUAGACUGGCGCAAGCUGCCAGGGAGGCUGCUGCAGCCGCUCUGGCAAGCGGCAUUGCUACGAAUGCUGGUUCAGGCGGUAUUGGAGGCCGCGGUGGUGCCAACAGUAGACAACAGCAAUCCCAUGGUUCGAGCUAUCAUCUCGGCCAGCUAGGACCGGGAUCCGAUUUUGGAUGCUUUGGAAGUGGUACGAUACACAGCAAAAUCAUCGGCACUGUGUACGAUCUCGACUUUGACGAAGAGAUCGUGUGCGGGAAGCUGCGCGAUAUGCGAGAUCGUCGGCGUUCGAUCGACGGCCGGUCGGCGGAUGCAUCUGGUACGAAUGUUGGCUCGGGCGGACAAGGAGGCGCUGGCGGUGCAACUGGUGGUCCGGAUUCAAAAUCGAGUCGUGGCGCUAGUGGUAGCGGGGCGGCAGCUGGUGCCGGAUCUGGAGCAGGAGGUAGUACGAACAGUGGGUACGGGUCGACGGCAACCAGCGUUGCUGCAAGUUCUUUACCCGAUAUGGCCGUCCUGCCUGGUCCGGUUGAUAUGCGCACGUACAACAGCGGGUUUGAUUCAUCCAGCAAUACGGACGCGUACAAUAACCAGCUUCUGGGUGUGUUUGCCAGCGGAACGGCUGAUCAAACGUUAGCUGAUAUCGAUGAGGAUAUGGAGAAUGAGCUACAGUCAGCUCUGAAGGCUGAUUCGGUUAGUAACAGAUCGGCAGCCGCGGCAGCUGCAUCCCUUGCUCAAACGACCGUUCAAACGAACACCAGCACCAAUUCGUCGUCGCUUCUGGCCGCUGUUACGGCUACCGCAAAUAGCAACAGCAAUAGUAGUAGCAGCAUCACUUCUGAAUCGAACGCAGCUAGUCACGCGCAAAAGACUGGGUCGAUGCCAACCGGUGUACCGUUUGUGCCUUCAAUCACGCCACCAUGUGCGGCUACUGCUCUACCAGCGACUAUGCUGACUGAAGAUCCGAUGCUCGAGCAGCCACAGGAGGAGACGAACGAUUCGGACAGUUUGUUGCCAAUUGUAUCAAACGUACAGCAACAUCACAAGAUGUCCUCGCUGGCAGACUCGCGUAACAUCAUGAAGCUGAAGAUCAAGGGCCCGUUAGCGCAGUUGGAUAGCAGUGGUGCUUACGGUGGUGGAGCCGGCGGUGCGGGAUCGUCCGCUGCAUCUGCAGUCGUAUCGCAGCUGCAGCAAUCCAUCGGUAUGGCGUCUUCGAUGGGCGUUCAAAUGGGUGCUGGCGGUAACGUUGGAAUCGGUGCCGGCGGGGUCGGUGUUGUGGGAGGCGUUAGCGCUAAUGUUGCCGGGGGUGCGGCUGGAUCGUCUAACCUACGGCGUAUGCGCAAGAAGGAGCUGCUGCGACAGUACUGGAAUCAGGACAUGAAUCAGGAUGAUCCGCAGGCAGUGUUGCAAUCGGCGGAGCAUCACCAUAUGCACCAUCAUCACCAUCACCAUGCGCAAGGAAUGGCACUGGGAGGUGCUGGACGCACCACGGUUGGUUUUCCCAAAGCUGUUGAAUCGCUUGGCACGAUGCCGACAAAGGACGACUACAAGGAGUACGGUGGUAUCCAUCGGAAGAAACUUUCGUCGAACAUGUCGCGGGAAUUGCGUCAGCUGGCCUCGGUUCCACAAACCGCCGACCAUCACGAGCUAAUGUUGGCCGAGCGAAGGCGCAGCGUUGGUGGUUCUGUAGGGGCAGCUGUGGGUGGAGUUCCGAGCGGUGUUGGAGCAAACGGAUCGGCCAUGAAUUUGUCGAUGGACGAUGUCAGCGGCGUUGGUAUGGGCGGUGGCAUGGGAGUAGUUGGUGCCGGCGGUGUCGGUGGCGGUGUUGGCGGAAAACGGCGAUCGCGAAAUAAUCGAUCGAAUGCAAAUACCACGGCUACGGUUACUGCAGUGAGUCAGCAAACACCACAGCAAGCUCCGAAACUCAAGAUCAAAUUUAGUGGUUCGGGAAUCGUGGAUGGUGGCCCGUACGGCAUGGCAUCGAUGAAUGCUGGUCCAAGUACUAGCACUAGUCUGCGGCCUCCGAAGAAACGGUUAGCAUGCAGUGUACCACCUCCUAGCCUGGAGGAUCUGAAGCGCGAGUACAUGAUGUACGCAGAAAACAUUAGCUUCGAGGACGACGGACCAGGCGGGGCAGCGGAUGAAGAUACGAUGGGAGCUGACAGUGGCGACGAAGAACCGAGGGCGAAGAAGCACAAGCAUAAGGAUAAGGAUCGGGACCGUGAUCGCAGUGGCAGUGAACACAAGAAGCGCAAAAAGGAGAAAAAACACAAGCGCGACAAGGGCGAAAAGAAUAAGGUUGAGAUCAUCUCCAAUGCGGCAAUGACGGUGGGUGGAGACGAACAGACGCAACAACAACCCCCAAGGAUUGUGAUUCGUCUGGGUGUCAAGAAACCAGUACAGUCAGAAGAUUCGCACGUUCCGUCGCCUCAGUCGCAGACAGCCAACACUGCUAGUGGUGGCUCGCUUGCAUCACCUCAGAAGACGCCAGUAAACGAGGAACGAGCGACCACUCGGAGCAGUGGAUGCAGUUCAUCGCCCGAGACGGAUCCGCUCGUGAUCGAUCUGGCGGCGAUACACAACACCAACAGCCAGGGACAAUCGUUACAACCCUCGCCUGAGAUGGAUCAUCGAACGGCGGCGGCACAAGCUGCGCCUGCGGAAAAGCCACUCAUAACUCCGAUUCGUCUAAAACUGGCACGGAGUUCUGCCGGCGGUGGGUACGUGAUGUCUUCGAAGCAAAGUGCCGCACAAGGUGGUACGGAUUUGGAGGAAAAAUCUAAUCCUGUAACUGGGCAUCCGUUGAGCAAUGCAUCUCCAUCUGCAAUAAUGGACACUAGCGCAGAAAGGCCCAAUGCAAUGCAGCAAAGUACUGAAUGGCGACCUCCAGGCGAUGCACCAGGAUCGAUGGACCUUUCAACCUCAGCAGCGGAAGUAGCGGCAGCAACUUCGAGUAAGAACAUGAUCGAACGGUUGCUUACAGCCGCCAACCUGGCAGCGAGUUCUCCGAACGCGUUCGAAAGGGCCAUGGGUGCUGCAGCGGUGGCAGCGGCGGCAGCGGCAGCAUCAAGUGUACCGGCACAGCAGCAGAGCGGCAACCAGAGCGGUGGUGGCGGUUUUGCAUCAAUGUACGGUAUGUCCUCGAUGGGCAAUACGAGCAACACUACCACCGGCAACACCUCGAUGUCGUUCAAGAACUUGCUCGACUUUGCAGCGAGUACAAACACCACCUUCAGCACGUCAUCUACCACAGGGCUCUUCAGUUCCACGGCUACGCAUCACCAUCAGCAGCAGCAACAGGUACCGUUGUCCUUGAAUCAAUCUUCAAUGCUACCAUUAGGCAUGGUACCACCACCAUCCCAGCAACAACAACUGCAACAACAGCAUCAGCAACCACAACACCAACAUAACCAUCAACAGCAGAUAGGGCUGCAACCGUCAUUAGCAACGUCCAAUAGCACUAGCAGCACUAGCAGUAAUAAUAACAAUAGUGUCAGCAAUGCGCAGCAAACAAACACGGCCACUAACAACGCUACGAAAAAGGACUGUGAGGUGCGAUGA